UAUUACAACCACCAUUCAUUUUUCUCUGACAGCUGCAGUUUUAUAAGAUUGUGUUCCGACUGCAGUGACCGAUCUUUUCAAGGAUAUUUGGUUUGAAAGUUUUCUUUUCUGAGGUUGUUUCGUUCUCCAGUUGUUAUUAUUAUUGAGGGAAGGUGUGAAUGCUUCUGUCUUGGAUUGUUGAAAAGGCGUUUUGCUGACAAUAAGAAUAAUAGCGGUGUUUAAUUUCAUAAGAGGAAGGCUCUAGAAGAUAAGCUGGAUAGAGGUAUGGAGAUUGAUUUCUCGAAACGACUAAAAGGAGAUCACACAUAUGGGGAAGAGAAGGCCAAGGGAGAUGCCAUGGAGGUUGAUCAAGGGACUCAUAAUGAUAACAAAUCUUCUUUGAGGGUUCUCAGAGAUUCUGAAAUUGAUGAGCGAUAUAAGAUGAGAACCGAAUUCAAUAUGAAUACACAAAGCGACAGAUUAUUAACUAUAAGAAAUAGUAGCUUGCCAGAGAAGCCUAUUGUAAGAAGUGAAAUUGAGACUUUGCAUACAGAGGUGGGCUGGAUGAAAGAGGAAAAUAGGAGAUUGAAAUUGGCUUUGACUCAGAUAAUGAACAAUUAUCAAAAUCUCCAGAUGCACAUCAUGAGAGUUAUGCAGCAGCAGAAACAAGAAAAAGAAAACAUUGCACAGGCAGCAGAGACUCCAAAAGAGUACACAAAGUGGGAAGAAGAAUCAGAGCUAGUUUCUCUCUCCCUUGGGACGAAUCCUUCAUCGACAAAAGCAACUAAAGAAGAUUCGGCAGGUGGAGAAAGUGGGAAGGAAGCUGGAAAACAAACAUUGGGAUCUCAAGAGCACUUCAAAGGCUUUAACUUGAGUUUAGCUUUCAAGGAUGAAGAAACGAGCGAAGAAACUAAUGAAUUGUACCCAACAAAUAGCCCGGUUAAAUCAGAUAGUGGGUUGAUAAAAUCAGAUUCUAUCGAUACUUCAGGAAUGGGGCAACAAUUCCAUUUACAUAACAGCUCUGAAGGGAGUUCUAGGGUGAAGGAUGAACUGAUGGAUCAUCGCCAACAAGGGGUUUUUCAGUCAAAUAAAGCAAUCGAGAGUUUACAUGAGGAAGGAGAAACUUCAGAAGCUUCGGUACCUGCAAGAAAGGUCAGGGUGUCUGUACGAGUCAGAUGCGAGGCAGCAACAAUGAGCGAUGGGUGUCAAUGGAGAAAGUAUGGACAAAAGAUAGCUAAGGGCAAUCCCUGUCCUCGAGCAUACUUUCGCUGCACUGUUUUCCCCGGAUGCCCAGUUAGAAAGCAGGUACAAAGAUGUCCAGAAGACCUGACUAUACUGAUCUCAACAUACGAGGGAAGCCACAACCACCCACUUCCUAUUGCUGCUACUGCCAUGGCUUCCACCACAGCAGCAGCUGCUGGCAUGUUUGUAUCUGGUUCCACUUCAAGCUUGGAAGCAACAAAGCUCAAUAGUCCCUACUUGUCUAGAAUCAACCAGUUCUUUGCUUUGAAUCCCACCAUAAACAGCUCUUCGUCUUUUCCCACAAUCAUACUAGACCUUACAAAAACUCCCACCUCACAAUUAAACCCCUCUACUUCAUCCUUCCCUCUUCCAUUUCCCUACCCAUCUGCUGGAUCCAACUUGCUUUCAGUUCCUUCUAGUUCUCAUCAUAACAACACCCUACUUCACUCUGAUGUCUCCAGUUCCAAUCCCUGGAACACCACUAAUCUCUACAAUGGCCAGCCUUAUCAUCAUCCAUACAGCAGGCCUAAUCCCUCCAUAUCCACAACAAACCAGGACCAUGAAACCCAAAAGAUCCAAAAUUUACUUGAUCCAUCUCUUAGCAAUCCAGUUGCAAGAGCCAUUCAUGCAGCUCUGUCACGAUACUCCUGCCAGGCAUUGAUUCAGAACGUCAUGGCCAAAAGCAACACCAGUAGCACUUCAUCAGCUCAGCCCUAUCUUGCUGAUAAAGUCAAUGCAGCAACUGCCGCCAUUAGCUCAGAUCCUAACUUUACAGCUGCUGUGGCAAAUGCCGUUGCCUCCAUUAUUAGUCAAGGCAACCAAUUAGUUGCAGGAACAAGCAAUGCAGCCAAUAGUAUGGUACCCACUUCUGAUCAAAGGAAAUGGGGUGAACCUGUAACAGAUCCAGCUUCUUUGAGAGCUUCUGGAACUCCUCCAUCUAAUGUACUCUCUUCAUCUUGAAAACAUACUGUAAUUAAUCAUGGAGGAAUUCAUCAAAUGUAUAGAAACGGAUUACUCAAAAGUAUACUGUAGUUAAUGUAAAUUUUUGAGAUUUUCAUAAACUUAUAAAAAAUAAACUUCUUAAUUGAAAAUCUCAAUGUUGUAAUUGAAUUAGGAAACCCUGUACAUAGAAAAGAACAUUCAUCCACAGUGUGGUCGAAAUGAGGAAAAAUUGUUGGAGAGUUAACCAUCUAAGGCUUUGUUAAUCAUGUUUCAACGGUACAGGGAAAGGAUGACAUAUGAUUUUA